AUGGCGGAACUGGGCGCGAUCGCCAGUAUCGUGGGCAUCGCGGCUGCGGGUGCACAAUUGUCCAUGGCCCUUUUCGAAUUUGGCUCAACAGUCGGUUCUGCACGUUCCGAAGUGAAUCAGAUCGCGAUUGAGAUAUCCCAAUUUAGCCCUGUACUGAAACAGCUUCAUUCUACGCUGACCAAAGCAAAGGCUCGUCGAUAUUCCAUCAGCGCGAUUGCUACAACGCAGGAAAUCUUGAAGCGAUGCCAGGAAAUCUUCAGAGAGAUCGAAGAUAUUGUACAGCCGUUGCAAAAGAGCGCUGGGAAAUCGAAGGAGCCGCCUGUGGAUGUGGUAGCUCGUGUCAAAUGGACGUUCAAACGCUCUAAGGUUCAGGUAUUGCAGAAGACGCUGGAGUCGAGCAAGAGUACACUUCAGCUCAUGCUAUUGGUUCUAGAUAUAGGUCGGAAAACGGCGAGUCCUAGGGCUUCGACCAUUGAAGAGCAGCUCGAAGACGAGCAAGGACAAGCUGUGAUUCAAGGCUUGAUCACUGCACGUCAAUGUACCGUCGAUCAGCUCGAAAUACUCGAGAACGAAGCUGAGGCACAGAACGCCGAGCAAGAUGAUUCGAUUCCAGAAGCUCGAUCUUCAGAGGUGGAAGUAAUGCAAAUCAGAACCGGGAACGGAGAAACGGUGAUCAGUGAUGGGAGCGCGCAAAAGAGAUCAACGGAAAGUAAACGAGCUUCGGUGUGGGUCAGCAAUCUGAUUUUCAACAACAACCCUCUACCCUCUGGAUUUCGUCGUAAUACAUGGGGCGAUACUAUAUCAGCACCUACUAUCGCAUCACAAGCUCGCUACCUAGUCCAAGAAUGGACA